GGAGGAGCACAGCUGUGGCUGGUUGCAAGGCCAAGAGCGCUGUCAAGAAGGAAGGCCACACCCCCUCCUCCAGCAGCGGCUAGACAGCUGCAGCUCCUGCAGGACAAACGGCCAGUCACAAGGCUCCUCUGAGAACUUCAGGAUGCAGCUGUCUCCAGUCUUUGCCUGCCUGGCACUGGGCCUGGCCCUCCUCUUUGUUGAAGGGUCCACCCUGCACCGGCAUGAGUACCAGGCCRCCCAUCUGGCCACAGACUUCGGAGUGAAGGUGUUUCAGCAGGUGGCCCGGGCCUCCAAGGACCGCAAUGUGGUCUUCUCGCCCUACGGGGUGGCCUCAGUGCUGGCCAUGCUGCAGGCAACCACUGGAGGAGAGACCCAGAAGCAGAUUCAAGCAGCGAUGGGAUUCAACAUUAAUGAGAAGGGCAUGGCCCUGGCCCUCCGUCAGCUGUACAAGGAGCUCAUAGGACCAUGGAACAAGGAUGAGAUCAGCAGCACAGACGCCAUCUUUGUCCAGCGGGAUGUGAAGCUGGUCCAGGGCUUCAUGCCCCACUUCUUCAGGAUGUUCCGGAGCACAGUCAAGCAGGUGGACUUCUCAGAGGUGGACAGAGCCAGAUUCAUCAUCAAUGACUGGGUGAAGAGACACACAAAAGGUAUGAUCAGUGACUUACUUGGCAAGGAGGCUGUGGACCAGCUGACACGUCUGGUGCUGGUGAACGCCCUCUACUUCAAUGGCCAGUGGAAGACGCCCUUCCCAGAGUUGGCCACCCACCGCCGCCUCUUCCACAAGUCUGAUGGCAGCACUGUCUUCGUGCCCAUGAUGUCUCAGACCAACAAGUUUAACUACACUGAGUUCACCACCCCUGAUGGCCACUACUAUGACAUCUUGGAAUUGCCCUACCAUGGGGAGACCCUCAGCAUGUUCAUCGCAGCUCCCUAUGAGAAAGAUGUGCCCCUCUCUGCCCUCACCAAUAUUCUGGAUGCUGAGCUCAUCAGCCAGUGGAAAGGCAACAUGACCAGGCUGCCCCGCCUCCUGGUUCUGCCCAAGUUCUCCCUGGAAACUGAAGUUGACCUCAGGAAGCCCCUGGAGAACUUGGGGAUGACCGACAUGUUCAGCCCUGUCCAGGCAGACUUCACGAGUCUUUCAGUCCAAGAGCUUCUCUAUGUAUCACAAGCGCUGCAAAAAGUCAAGAUCGAGGUGAACGAGAGUGGCACGGUAGCAUCCUCCUCCACGGCCAUCCUGGUCUCAGCCCGCAUGGCACCUGAGGAGAUUGUCAUGGACCGACCCUUCCUCUUUGUGGUUCGACACAACCCCACAGGGGCAGUGCUUUUCAUGGGCCAAGUGAUGGAGCCCUAACCAGAGGAAAAGAAGCUCUCAUCAGGGACCAAAACUGGAGAUGUGUCGUGAAGGGAAGAAGCAAACUCYGGAGAAAGGAAUUUUUGUUGUGAUGACUCUUUCUGGGGAGAGAGAAGGCAUUUGUAUCUUUUUCCCCAAUGGUAAAUUCUUUCCAGUCGACUCUAUGACCUCSGCCUCUUUCGGAGGUGGGAGGAUCUUGCAGCUAGAGAGCCCGCCUGUGAGAGACCCCUGAGCACAAAGGUCUCCAAGCCAGACCGGAAAACCUGCGGAAGGAAUGGCGGGCACAGCUGCCUCUGCCCAUCUCCCUGCCUGCUCGGCCUUUGGACCUGCUUCCCACGGAGGCCCUGGCAGAAUGGAACCACGGGGCCUGCAGGAGCUUCUGUGUGCUUGCUAGAGACCAUUUGUGUUCCAGUCACGCUGCUGUCACUCUUGCGCUGUCUGCCACCCCUGCCGAGGCUGGCGACAGGCCAGAGAAGGCCAUGGAAGAAACGCUCUUUCAUCUCAAAGUCCACUCUAGCUGCAGAUGGGCGGACCCAAUGCCCACCCCGUGCCCAGCCUCCCUGCCCCCGCCCACCCCAGAAGCAUCCCACAUAUAUUAUUUUGGAGUGUAGGUGACUUGUUUACUUAUAGAAGCAGAUUUUUGCUUCCCAUAAACUUUAUUUUUGUAGGAAUUGAGGAAGAAAGGUCAGAUGUGUGCCUGGCCCCCCACCCCAGAUCUCCUGGUGGGGAGGGGGAGGCCAGGGGUGUGUUUGAGUAUUUAUCUCAGCCUUGCCCUGUGUGCGUGUUAGAGAGGGUGAGGGCUGUUAAGGGGAAAGUGUUAUUUAAACUUGCUCAGAAUGUUCCUUCGUGGGCUGUGUCAUGCACCUCAGAGCCUGGCACUCCACCCUCAUCCCCCCAUGGGCGCAAGCGAGGCGGUGCGCACACUGCCACCUUGUGGCUGCUUGACCCCACAGCACCUCUCUUUCCACCUGAUGGAUUUAGGGUCCCUGCCAAGGUGGUCAAAUUGCAGCCCUCAUUAGACACCAAAAGGAUGGGGUGGGUGAGAGAGGCCUGAGGGAGGACAGGAUGGUUUCAGAUUUUUCCAAUAUAUUUAGGAGCAGAAAUGCAAGGGGCUGAAUGACCUACCAGGACAGAACUUUCCCCAAUUACAGGG